AUGGUGCACUAUGUGCAUAAAACACUUGGAAAGGACACCUUUACCGGAUUAAUCACACGCCUGCACCAGAACAUUAUCUUAAAACUCAGUGCCUACCUGGAAGAGAAGGGGAAUGGGGUGAAUAGGCCUGAACGCGAAAUAGGCGAAGCUGCAUUGAAGGAUUGGUGGAAUGUUUGGUGCAAGUUGGCGGGCAAGCCGGUUCCAGAGGAGAUUGCAUGGUAG